GAGGGGAACAAUGGUGACAGAAACAGUUCGUGCUAAUAGACGUUUGUGUCUGUUAGAUGAGCUGCCCCCAUGCAUUGGACCAAAACUCCGAGCGUUUCCUAACCGUCGACCGAAGAUCCAAUGGCUCCAGCAAUUGGAAAGGUCUCCAGGAUCAGAACUUGGGUCUCAAGGAUAUGUCUUCCGAGUGAAGAUUGACUCUCGAAUUUAUGCCCUAAAAGUUUUCAAGUUCUUCAAACCGUCUGAUGCCAAAUAUUUAUUAAGUCCGGUACGCGCCAAAAAAGUCAGCGAUGAGAUAGCAGCCUUUCAUGUGGAUCCUUUCUAUGCGGAAUGCCGUGCGUAUGGCCGCAUACAGAAGCAGGAAGAAGCUAAAGGCUUAAAAAGUCGGAUUGCUGCUAAUUGCUAUGGCUUCCUCUGUUUGCAGAAGAAACACGAGUUGCAACUCGCCGAGAUGGGAAUCGAUCUCUGGGAUCUCCCAGAAGAGGACGAGUAUCGACAACAAGCUGAGGGCAGCCCUAUUCGCGCAAUAUUGAAGGAGUAUAUCGAGGAAGAAACAGAAUUCAAUUCUCAAAAUUGCAAGGAGAUGCUUAAGAAACUGCGUCGACUUAACAGAUGGGGGGUCGUUCAUAGGGACAUACAAGCAGGAAAUUACAAGAACGGGCUGCUCAUAGACUUAGGCUCUGCCUGGACAGAGCCUCACUGUAUUAUGAAAGCCGUACCGAAAGAUGUCGCGGAUGGGUGGAGGCAGACCGACAUGUCACAAUUUGAUGAGAUGUUGAAGGAGAAAGGGAUUGGUAAAGAUAUGCAUAUACUGCCAAAUCUGGAAUAUCACAAGAAGCUGAGGUCUUGGAAGCCAUGAUAACCGAAAGAUGCGAGCGUUAAUUCCCGUCUCCUUAAAGCUCUCGUGAGAGAGGGAAUAUUUUCGGAGAAACGGAGAGAGGAAGGGAUGAAUUUGAAAUAACUGAAUGUAUAAAGCAGGGAAAUGGUAUAAAGUGGAUACAUCUGCUGUAUUUAGUCGUUUUCUUCGUCAAUAUU